ACGCCAUUUUUGCUUUGAGUUUGGUUCUGGCGUGUGUCAAUUGCAACAAAAUAUUGAGAUUUUCGUAAUAAUUUAACAGUUUCAUGAAAAUGAAAAUAAAUUAAUAUAAUUCGUUAAAAGCCGACUAUUGUGAUAGACAUAAAAGUUAAAGUGUUUAUUGACUAUCUCCGAGAAUAUUGCAUGCGCGGGAAAUGUGGUUGUGUCUGAUAUCAUUCCCGUCAAACAAACUUAUCUGAAAAUAAUUUAUUAGGAAAAAUAACACGAUGAUUGCGCACCGAGCGCGUGAGAAUCGAAGGUUAAAAUCCCUUAAAUUAACCAAAAAUCUUGAACGUUUAUACAAGGAAGGGAAAUGUCGCGAGUGUGCAGUGGUGGUGACGCGUAUGGACUUUGCAAAAAUAUUAGGUAAAUUCACCAAGGUGAAGAUACAGUAUGAAAGCAGCAGCACUCUCAAAACGAAAAAGAACUCUAAUGCCAGUUCGCCAAAUGCAAACACGAGGCUAAAAAGCAACGAGAAUGGAAUGGUGCUCAUUCGCAGAAAUGCCUACAAUCAGCACCCGGUCAAGGAACCUGCAAGCCCAGCGAAGGCGAAGACUUACCCAAAACAAGGUAACAAUGUACUGAAAGAAAAUAACAGGUUAAAAAAGACACAAAUUGUGAAAGAUAAAAAUUCAAACAUAAACAUUACCAGUAGUAAUCAAAAUAAGAAACAAACCAAUUUAAAACGAUAUGGUAUCGUAUUUAUGGACCCUACAUCAAAAAAUCACAACAACAAUAAAAGUAAGACAUCAUUAGAAGACUUGCUGCCAUUGGUUAAUAAAAGUAUAUUGCCUUCAGAAGAGUGGUGCAUUGAUUAUUUGCCUCGAAGCGUUGAACCUAUGGAUGAUAAGGUUUAUGACAGAAUAGCAGCCGAGCUGGAAGACCUAAUGUACAAUGAAAAGGUUCCUGCAAAGCAAGAAACUAAGACAGAAUCUGAAAGCAAAGUUGAGGAGUUUCCUUCAAUAAUGGACAUAUUGAAUGAUAAUACUAAUGAUAGUUCUAAGACUAGUGACCAAAGUUCUUCCAUAGAAUAUAAGGGCAACUUAGAAUCUAGUGACGUUGAAGCGAUACUCCUCGGCAAGGCAACUACACCCAAGAAAGAUGCCAUGGAAGUUGAUAGUGCUGUUAUGAAUAACCUAAUUGAGGAUGUUGCACAACUGAAUGCCAUUCAAGAAGCAGUCAGCUCUGAAUCUGAUUCUAAGAUCUCUGGGUCACUUGCAGAGAUGGACAAUCCUCAUAGUCCAUCUAUACUUGACGAAGCUCUUCAAAAGGGUAUCGAGGAACAUCUACCUUGUGGACAGGACCCCGUACAAAAUAGUGACAACAAUGAAUCAAGUAUGGACUCUGGGAAGGAUAAGGAUAUAUCUGAAGAAUCUAAAAGCAUAAACUCUGAUACAGCUAGGAAGAUGAAUUUCCCAUCAAACAUAACUCAUUUGAUUUUCAAGAAGACAAGCCUUGAAAAGUGUAUGAAAACCGUUACAUGCCCUAAAAAUUUAAAAUACAGUAUUGAUUUGGAAGGCAAAUCAGUAGAAUUCUUGGGUGCACCCAAGUUUAUCUCGAGUAUAGAAGAUUUACAAGUGCUAUUACAGAUUGUGAAUGAGACUGAACUGAAAAAUCUAUAUGUAUAUCAUUAGUAAUGAAUGAAUAAUAUUGUUAAAUACUGGCUAUUGGUAAAUUAAUACACUAAUGAAUUGGAAAGCUAUUAGAACAUAGUGUCUUAAAGACCUCUUAAUUAUGCAUAAAAGCUCAUUGAUAUUUCUAAACCAAGUUGGUUUUUUAUGUAGUAUAUUAUUUUAUUAUGAUGUCUUGAAAUUGCAGUCUGAUAUAAAUAAAGGUACAUUGUAAAAUAAUGAUGUUUGAGUCUUUAAAAUUCACUAUGUAUAAUGUUAUUACCCACUUUUGGCUGGUAGUAAUCUAUUGCUUUUUAAUCUGAACAAAAAUUUAUAGAUUGAUGAAUAUACCAUGGGCAUGCAGACAGAGAAUAUUAUUAUAAAACACUAGGUACUUAGUCAUUUGCAAUUAUUACCAAAUAUAUUUAUUAACCCAGCCAAGAACAUUUCCUCUGGAUUAAUCAUUUAAGCUUCUAUUAUAAUAAUGGCAGACAAACAAAAAUAUAGAUCUUGACUAGAUUGAAGGAAAUGAAGUUAUUUUUGUAUAAUUGUUUUGGUAAAGGACAAGAUCAUCAUGCAUUGAUCAUGACUUCAUGAGAAUGCCAUCUAGAUGUUACUGUAGAAACAAAUGUAUAUCAGAACAGUUUUAAGUUUCACACUAGUAUUAGUAUUGCACACAACAAUAUACUUAAAUAAUUCACCUUCAUAGAGUAACAUAAUUUGAUAGACUGACUUGCAGUAAUAAAAAAUAUUUCAAAUGGAUGAAUGGUUUAUUAUAAAACAUUGUUAUAAUUCAAAUGCUAUUUUUUUUGCUGUUUUAUACACACAUGUCUCAGAUUGCAUUAUCCUAAAUGACAAAAAUAUAAUGCCUUCACCCUGCUUGAUUUUAUAAUAUUGUUGUUUGGUACAAGUGUACCUAGUUACUUAACUUUAAAAAAUAUAUAUUAAAUCUAUUAUUGUAAGUAUAAAUUUGUAAUUAUGACAAAACAGAACUAGAAUUUUAGUAAUAAGUACAUUAGAUAAAUCCAAUGGUUACAUGUUAUUAUUAACAUCUUGUAAGGUUGAUGUAUUGAUAGUUUUAUUAUUUCCUAUAUCUUAACAUGUAUUAUUAUAAUUAUUCACUAGGUUUUCUACUAAAUUGCUGCAAUUUCCUAGAAUGGAUGUCAGUUUCAGAUUUAUGUAAAACUGGAUAAAUAAGUUAUUUCUGUUAAGGCCUUAUUUCAUAAGAUUUGUUCAAUAAAACCUUGACGGUUUGUAAA